UAGACAAUGCCGUUCUUGGGUAGCACUGCACAGUCAGCCUCCAACUUCUUCACAUUGCCGUUCAGAAAGAAGAAGCAAAGGUACACGAUCAAUCCCCCUGAAGAAUCGUACAAUGUCAUCUAUCUGGGUAACGUAUUAACAAUCAUGGCACGUGGUGAGAAUUGCUAUGAAAAACCGUUGUCGUUGAUUUGGAAAGCGUACUGCUCGCGUGCCAGAAGUGAUUUGGGAAUGAACUUGGAGAUUACAAGAUCGGGAUUGAAAGCUGAGACAAAACAACAAGGGCUGACGGAAUACUGGGCACACAGAAUCACAUUUAGUUCGGCUCCUCCUGAAUAUCCAAAAGUUUUCUGCUGGAUUUACAAGCACGACGGAAAAAGACUGAAACCGGAACUUCGGUGUCAUGCGGUUUUGUGCAAGAAGAGUGCCGAACCGGGAAUUAUCAACACGCGUCUUCAGAACUUCUUGCAUGCUGCACUUCAGGAGUACAAGCGUGAGAAACUCUCUGCUCAGAAUGCUCGUCUCACCGGAUCAGCCGGGUGUCCUCGUCGCAAGCUCAUUUUGCAGACUGGAACCCUCAAUUUCCGUCCGCCUGUUAGCCGAUCAAAGUCAGCGCCUCGUCUGGGCAGUAUUGACGAAGAACAAGAAGAAGAUGAAGAGCAAUUUGGUUCUGACGACAAUGAGUCAGUGUGCUACCGUGCUGCUCCAGAUGUCGACUCCAACUCAUCGUUCCCAGUUAGUGACACUUACAAGUCUGAUGCCGGACCAAGCAGUUCAUCGACUACCGGUGCAAGUUCUGUGUGCUCCGAUGAUGACAGGACAACUCUGCGGCUCCCUGUGACGGAUCCAGACAGCCUCUCUGAAGAAAGCGGAUACCACGAGGAAGGCAAGCUGGCUCGCGAAUCUAGUGAAGAAAUCUAUGCGUCCGACAACGAUCUGGUUAUCCUCGAAGAAGAUUACGAGGAUGAUGAAGAGGUUGAGCAAGUAACGUCGCUCUGAAGCUUGUUAUUUUCAUCAAAUCAUUGAAAACACAAUCAAACUCAAAUUUCAUAUUUCAAAUUCCGAAUGAUAUUCGACUCUUUUCGCGGGUCCGUCGCUUUUUUGUUUUAUUUUUGUUCCAAACCUCUCAAACCUAUUAACUAAAACAAAAAGUCUCAGAAUUCUCAGCAUCAUUUUUAUAUUCUUUUCCCUCUUUCUUUCCUUCUCGCCAUAUGUUGAACCCAAAAAUUAUCGGUUUUGUCCUGUAUGACUAUACUUUAUAUACUUUAAAAUUAGACUUUUUCUCUUAGUUAACUUAAACUAAAUGUUCGCUAGACACGAUCCUCUCUCCUACUGCAUCUGUUCAAAGAUUCUGCCAAUACUAUUAUUUUAAUGUAAUAUCGAUUGAUUGUCAUUAAUGUAUUACUCGUUUGUGAUUGUUCUAACAUUUUCCGCAAUUUUAUUGCAAUUUUUUUUGUUUGGAGCUGGGUCAUGACUAGACAUGACUUGUCGUUUCUGGUGCAAUGACUAAUGCAAUUGGCGAAUUUUACCAAAGACUGUUUUGAUUACGCAUAUGAUAUUACAAUAAUAAUGUUCAAAAGACGCUUUAUAAAAAAUGUGAAUUAU